AUGGCCACCGAACCGUCCGAAGACGAUAUCGGGAAUUUCAUCGGCUUCACCAGUCUCUCACGAGAAAAAGCAGUCCUAUUCUUGAAGGCAAACAGCCUCAACCUAGAAAAGGCCAUCAAUGCCUAUUUCGAAAACCCCGACGGCGUCCCCUCUGAGCCUCAGGAUGACUGGACUUCGUUCAAUACCCCGUCUUACUCUCAGGACGCACAGUCCGUGCCAACAUUUCAUAUAGAGAACUCCGAUACUCAUCCCGGACAUGCAUACUCAGUUGCUCCGUCGCGCCCACCGUCACGCAUGAAUGUCAGUGAGACUUUGAGUGAUCGCAAAUAUGAAGGCGUUGGCCAGGAUAGUGCAGGUGCAGCGGAAGCUCCGCGACAGAAUCUCACUACCGCUCAACUCGAAGAGCGCGACCUCCAACAGGCGGUAGCCAUGUCGCUAGGCCAGGAUUACGGUAAACAAGAAAGUGGCGUCAUUACACAAGCCCAAGAUGCUCGCUUCGGCCCUGCUACUCAAGACUAUUACGACGAAACCAACUGGGGUAUGACUGUCGUCAACUCAGGCACAAGGGAAGAGAUAAUCAGUCCAGACCCGGAAGAUCGUCAGCGGAAAGAUGACGAGCCGGCCUUCCUUCGACCUUCACAAGAAGCUUUGUAUAUUGGAGGAUUUUUGACGAUACUUCAUUCGAUACCACUUGCACGAGAAGCCCUCUUACUUAGAGAGAAAACGGCCAUUGAUUAUGGGUAUGAUUCGCAAUGGUGGAACGGCCAAUCGAUCAAAAUCCCCCGGAUUGUUUCGUUAGAUAACCCAUAUGCUGACGAUCAAGAUUGGGAUGAUAUUCUUUACGAAGCUCAACGAUUGAUGGCUUUCUUGGAUGGUACGCGACGCGCCUUUGGAAGUACCGAUGCACUUGCUGGUCUCAGGUCGCUUUACGGCUACAGCGGUGACGGCGGCGUGGAAAGAUUUCUAGAAGCAUGGCAAGAGGCAUCUGUACGUGCGACUCCAGCGAACCAACUUUCAAUGGUCUUUUCGUCAUGUGCAAUGAAACAGGAAAUGUCUGAAAUGGAUUCACCAAACCAAAAAGAUUUUUAUGUUCUCAACACGUACGUCGAGAGUGGACAGGGUCAAACCCUGUAUGAUGUUUUGGACGAUGCUAUCUGGCCCGAUGCUCCAGGAGAGGAGCUUGAUGAUGUGUGGCUUGAUCACGUUGGUGAAAUUCUUACGAUAAAAUUGGAAAGCUACGGCAGUGAGGCGAUGAAUGUCAAAAUCCCUUGCACUUUUUACCCGGAUCGGUAUAUGGAGGCCCGUCGUGACACAGUCUGUGAGUUACGCUUGAAGCGGCUAGAUGCCAUCCAGAAGAUAAAUCGAAUUGAGAGCAUAGCAGCGCGCUAUAGAUGCACAGGAACAGCAUCUCGAGCUGGGAUGUCCAAUCAAGAGCUGUUAGAAAAAGCAGCGCAAGCUGUCACCGUCGCGCUACCGAGACAUCUACCUGAAGGGACAAUUGAAUUCGAUGAUGCCAAAGCACAGCAAGUGGCCGAACAGCUUCGUGGAAUUGCAGGUCUCAUUAAAGAAAAAGUGGAUGAACUGGAAGCCGAGAAACAAGCAGCUCGUGAUACACUUAGGGAGCAGUCCAAAAUCCUUACGGAAUCAGCAGUCGCGUCUGAUGAUCCGCCAUACUUCAAAUAUACGCUCAGAGGCUUCUGCACAGCACCUCAUAUUACCUACAUUCUGCGAAAAGACGCCCCUAUUCAAGGGGAAGAGGAUCUGAUCGAAAUGGAAGUCAAUACCCCCGAAGAAUGGCAUUGGUGGCGAAUCAGUUUCUCGACAGAUGAUGCUAAAACGCAGCAAGCUGCAAAGCCUGAAAAUAGGAGGGGCAAGAGCAACAAAACAAACAAUGCAGAUGUCAUUGGUUAUACCGCUGUCAAAAUACGCGAGAUCGAGGCGCUUAGGGCAGCACGGGAGUCAAGGAGCCUUCUCCUGGUGUACGCGAAUAAUAAUGCAGUGGAUUUCCCUCUUAAUCCCGCACAGCCGCCUCUACAGGAGUUUGUGAAUACAGACAACAUCACCUUCCAAGCGGAGCUUGACGCAGCUGCACAUAUCUACAAGGGUGAAGAAGGUCCAGGCGAAUCGGGAGACGCGAUUAUGGAGGAUUGGCCCAAGAUCGAAGCUGAGGAUGAAGUAACUCCCGCGGCAACGGAAAAUGCGCCAAGGGUCAAUGUCUUUGAUUACGAGGUUGAUGCAUUCGACGAAGACGGUUCUCAUCAAGUCCAGGAGAUGCAAGAGAUGCAGGAACGAGAAGGGAAGAGUCUUCUUCAUUGA